AUGGACAUGUCCCAUGUUCUCGUCAUCGCUCCUCUUGUCGUGUUUGCUUUAUUUUUCUUGACAGUUCUUGUGCUUCGUUCGUUUUUCCUAAUGAGCAGGGAAGAGCAACGAAGGGAUCGAAUACGAAGAGGCGGCCCAGUGUCAAGUAUGUCAAGUAAUGACACUGGAAUCGAAAUAUCUUGUACCAACAAUCUCAACUCAAACAAUAGGAAUAACGUUCGCUCGAAUAAUAAUAGUAAUAACAAUCCGAACCCACCGAGUUAUUAUGCCGAGGUUAUGGCCACCAAUUCAUCGGCUCUUUAUCCUGUCUAUGUUCCACCUUAUGCGGCACCGCUGAUGUCGUUGAGGGAUCCAAGGCAAUUUCAGGGACUUCCUGGACUGGCAGCACCGCCGCCAUACCCACCACCUCCAAGUUAUCAUCAGAUUAGCAGUUUUCCAGAACUACCAAGUGCUCCGCAUGCCGUUAUUAAUGUUGCUCAACAGCCAAGAAUCACAAAAACGCGUUUGGAAGUUACUCCAGUAGAAUAA